GCAAAUUGAGGUAGAAUUCGGUCAUCACUUGUAACAUGCAAUCGCCUCGGGAUAAUAUGCUGGAUACACACGUUUUCAAAAGUCGACGUUUAUUCUUAUUAAUCUAUUUUGUUAUAUUGGUUUUUUUUUUUUUCUCAAUCAAAAAAAAUCUCUUCUCUCCCUUGGUUCUUGUGGGAGAUACUACGCAAUUGACAUCGCCCAGCCGAUGAGCAUACAAUGUUUCCUUCCAACUCGAUCCCGAAUGCUUUAUGACGACGACUAAUUUGGCUCAUUGUAAACCCAAGUACUAAAGCCACCUGAUCCACGACCACAUGGAAUUUGCGACGAGACCGAUACCACCACCUUUUCGGCCUCCUUUAUAACACGAUAAAUGAUGGGCAGCGAAAGGCCAGAGUCGGACACCUCUGGCAGUCCGAGACCUAGCGUUGCUGGUCCCUCUAGUGGCCAGCGGAGGGAAAGGGGAGCAAUCGCAGCCCAGGCAUGUGAAAACUGUCGAUCUAGAAAGCAGAAAUGUGACGAGCAGCGUCCAAAAUGUUCAACAUGUCGGAAAUUCAAUCUCGAGUGUCAUUAUCGUGAACCUCAGCCCACCAAAAAAGACAAGACCCUUGUGGAAAUUCUCGAACGCAUCAAGGGGUUGGAGCGCAAGUUUGACACCCUGACCAUGCAGCAGGCUCCUUUCCAUACACCCAUGGUGACAAACCACCCGGUAAUCACCCAAGUAACGAUGCCUCCAGGUAGCCUUUCUCCCAUGACGGGCACGGGAGCCCAUGCUUCUGAAGACGGCAGUAUAGUCGCAGGUGUCAACCCGCCUCAUGCGUAUGCUACGUCGGUCCAUCAGCUGCUCACUUGGCCUAUAAUUCAACAGCUGCUCAACAGUGUCAGCGCAAGGAUGCCUGAGAUCAACGUUGCCAAUAUAGAACAAGAGGGAGUCAACAUUAUUUUGGGCAUCAACAAAUCAGACCACCUGCCGGCCGAACCAGCUGGACCUGUGACCACCAUCGAUUCGACCACGUCCAUGCCCAAUCCGAACAUUUCAGAGUUCGGUGGUAUUCCUCUGACGAGCGCCUCCAUGCAGCUACUCUCGAAUGCGUACUUUGACACCUUCAACCACUGCCAUCCAUUAUUAGAGCCGGAUACCUUUGCGAGCGAAAUCCUGGGCCCGCUUUGCAAUGAUGGCCUGGAUGACACAGUCAAGUCGACCUUGGCACUGGUGGUGUUUGCUUUGGGGGAGCUCGCCAUCGCAGGUGAUCAUGGUGCACCUGUCAGUGUGUACAACACACGCCCCGGCGGCGUCAAGGGUGGAACGCUAAGGAAUCCACCCGGUUUGGCAUUAUACAACGAGGCGCGACGACGCAUGGGCUUCACCAUGGCCGAUUCGUCACUUGAAUCUGCGCAAGCAUUUGCUCUGGCUGGGCUGUACUGCGAGGCCUGCUUUAGUCACUCGGAGUUUUGGCGCAUGACAAUGUCUGCUGCUCUGGCCUGCCAGGCAUUGGUGCUUGGGAGGAGCGCGGAGCCUUCUUCUGCACGCGCAGAUAUGACCAAACGAUGCUUUUGGCACUGCAAGAUAAUUGAAAGUUAUUUUGAUAUCGAAUUGGGGCUUCCUCGUGGUAUAUUGGAACAGCUCGAGGAUGUCGUUGGGCCCCCAGUGUUUAGUGGACUGCUCUCUCACGAUGAUAUUAUGGGAACUUCUUUGGCGAAGGACCAUUUUGUGUCAGCUGUAGCAAUGCGACGGCUGGCUUUGGAAGCUCACGCAGUGCUCAACAACGGCCAUUUCGCUUCUCGAUAUUCAACUGGCGCUCUCGAUCCGGAUGGGUUCACUUUGGCUGUCAAGAAUCUAGCCAAUCAGGCCGAACACUGGCGGACAAUGCUCCCACCGCCGCUCCGCUGGCGAGAGAAUCAACCCGGCGAGUUUCCCAACCCUUCCCUCUACUCUGACAUCCACAGCUCGUCGGUAUUCGCCACAGGAUCAUCCCUUGAUGUACCGCCUCCGGCUCUGAGCUCACCGUCGGGUUUCAUGUUCACCACCGAUCUUGAUGUGGCACCAGUCACAUACCCAUACAACCUCGACAUCAUGACUGCGGUGCUGCGGUCGAGGUUUUACUACAUCAAGUUUGUGAUUAACCGCCCGUACGUCUACAAGGCGCUCGUCAACCCAGAACAGCUGACCGGAGAGGAGGCCGAGGGCGCCGCGGAGUGCCUCAGGGCCUGCUUAAAAUGGCCCGUGUCCAUGUCGCCAACGUGUUCGCAUAAGAGGCUGAUCCCUUGCCUCUUCUUCUGGACGCAGAAUAUGCUCGGGAUAUUGAUCCUGCUGCAUCUCAGCCACAGCACACCGAUGCUGUCGAGGAUACGCAGCACUUUGUGUGGAGAGAGCUUUGAGCUGGAGGCGAGCGAGACCGUUGGCUUGUACCUUGACUGGCUGCGAGACCUCAAGAGCGUUGACGCGGCAGCCAGGUGGGCGUGGGCGAUUGUGAGAGCUAUAUAUAAUCUCGAAGAGUAGACGUGCGGGAAAUCACCUGGCUGAGUGUGGGGAAACGACAACAGAAGGCCGUUGGAUAUAAUAUAAACCUCAUACUGCAGUCUUGUCGGAGACUCGGCCCUCGCGAACUAAGUAUGUUCCGAGACAAUGUGCGGCAGACGGAGCAUGGUACGACUAUUACGAAUAUCACAUUGAUGCUGAAUACGAUGUGAUAUAAUCCUUGUCGGCAGUAUACAGUAACGAGCUCGUGCUCGUCUUCUUUCUGACUUUAUUUUUCUGUGACCUUGUCUUCGUACACAUUUGAUACCACCCCCUCCGUACAAAAGGACCAACAUGUGUUUCUGCUGGUUUGGCGAACGUGAAGUGCCCCCACUUUGGGAACAGGGGGUGGAAAGCAAAAAAAAAAAAAAAAAAAAAAAAAAAGACAUC